AACUGGCUGAAAGAACUCCAUUUUGUGAGAGCCGUCGAAGCAGACCCUGCACCGUCCCCGUCAACAGGAGACACUUAGAAGCGACAAAUAAGUCACAGUUAGCCGACGAACCGCUCGUUUAUCAAGUUAUUAUCCGAAAGGAAAGCAAAUCUUAUCGUAUGUCCGAUAUCCAGAACCUCCAAACUUUUGACCCCUUUGCUGAUGCAACUAAGGGUGAUGACCGCCUCCCAGCCGGGACAGAGGACUAUAUCCACAUAAGAAUCCAACAGCGGAACGGCAGGAAGACUCUCACUACUGUCCAGGGCAUUGGCUCCCGCUAUGAUAAGAAGAAGCUAGUCAAGGCCUUCAAGAAGAAAUUUGCGUGCAAUGGGACAGUGAUUGAGCACCCAGAGUAUGGUGAAGUGAUCCAGCUUCAGGGAGACCAGCGCAAAAAUAUCUGCCAGUUCCUUAUUGAGAUUGACCUGGCCAAGGAGGAGCAGCUCAAAGUCCACGGCUUUUAGGAGCUGCUAGCAGCCCUCUCCCCUUCUCUUCUAGAAGGCCAUUAAACCCCCUCCUCCUCUUAUGUGCUGCUGUUGCUCUUCCUUCCCCCUCUCUCCUCUCUGCAACCCCACCAGCUCCUAUUAGCUAACACGUGAAUUACCUCUGACAAACAUGGGAUUCUGUAACACCAACGCCCCCUUACGCCACCAGGGGGCAGACUCGCGCUCACAAAGACACACCACUGCAGCUCCACACAACAUCAGGGAUGAGUGGUGAUGACCCUCCCACACACUUCCUCCUUCCUUUCCCCCCUGUUUUUGUUCAUUUCCUUUUUUAAUUUCCCCUUUUUAGGUCUUGUGCCACAACAUGGAGGCACCGUUUCAUGUAACUUUUUUGUUUUGUACUACAAGGUGUUUCAAUAAAACGUUGAGUCUCCACAUGUUGGAGUGGUGUCAUUGGGAAUGGGGCCUGGGUUUGUACAGGAAGGUCGUAGACUUUUGACUAUUCACUGCUGCAGGGGCUUUACUCGGAAGAGCUGCAGGUUGGAGGAGGGCAUUUCUGUUAAGGUGUUUGCUGCAGGAGUUUGGCAACUUAGUGACUUCACUCUUUUUAGUCUUCAAUAUCCUAAUUGCACCGUUUCCAUGCCCAGCGCAUUGUAAAGUAUUGACAUCUUCACCACCUCCCAGAAAUGUUUUUUUAUUUUUAUUUUAAAUGUCAGAUUUUUUUCUAAUUCCGUUUUUUUUUUUUUGCUGCCAAUCCAAGUAUUAAAGCUAAAUCAGGGGUUCAGUGGUGUUAUUACUCUGAUCAACGAGAGUCUGCAUCAGUUAUGUGAUCAGAGCCCUCCAGAGUAGGGAAUUAAAUCAAAUACUGGUAAUAUAUGGCUGUUGCUUAUUUCACUUGAAGUAUGCUUUUUAGUUCGUAACAUUUGAGAUUCAUUUUGGACUUACUGGUAAAUGAAGUGAGUUUCCUACUCUGGCAGAUGACCAGCUUUCCGGUGUGGACUGUAAACGAGUCGGCUACUUACGGUUUUGAACAUGUGAUUCUUUAAUUUCCUACAAUGCAAUAAUUUAUAAACCUGAGAAAAAGUCUAAGCCAUGGCCAGGUCGCACUGUGCUGAGGGAGUUGGAGAGAAAGUCUGUUUUGCAAAAUCCAUAUUUGGUUCAAUAAAAUGUCUGCAGUUGA